GGGGGGGGAAGCGAGGGAAAAGUGAAGCUGGGAGGAGAAGGCGGCGGAAGGUGGGGAUUGAUGCUUCUGUUUUUUGUUGCCGCUGCUGCCCUCGCGCUGGGAGCCGAGCCGGAGGGAAGGCGGUGGAGAGAUGAUCGCAGAGUUGCUGAGCAGCGCGCUGGGGCUCGCCUUGUACCUCAACACGCUGAGCGCGGAUUUCUGCUACGAUGACAGCCGUGCUAUCAAGACUAAUCAGGAUCUACUCCCAGAAACUCCAUGGACGCACAUUUUCUACAAUGAUUUUUGGGGGACUCUUCUAACCCACAGUGGCAGCCACAAGUCCUACCGACCACUCUGCACUCUCUCUUUUCGCCUGAACCAUGCCAUUGGAGGGUUGAAUCCCUGGAGCUACCAUCUUGUCAAUGUCCUGUUGCAUGCAGCAGUCACUGGUCUCUUCACGAGCUUCUCCAAGAUCCUCCUUGGUGAUGGAUACUGGACCGUCAUGGCUGGCUUGAUGUUCGCCUCUCACCCCAUUCACACAGAGGCAGUGGCAGGAAUCGUGGGACGAGCUGAUGUUGGGGCCAGUCUCUUCUUUCUCCUCUCCUUGCUCUGCUACAUUAAACACUGUUCCACAAGAGGCUACUCAGCCACGACUUGGGGCUGGUUCCUGGGGACGGGACUGUGCGCAGGAUGCAGCAUGUUGUGGAAGGAACAAGGAGUGACUGUUCUCGCAGUUUCUGCAGUUUAUGAUGUCUUUGUCUUUCACAGGCUGAAAAUGAAACAGAUAUUACCUACCAUUUACAAAAGGAAGAACUUUUCUCUUUUUCUCAGCAUUAGUUUGUUAACUUUCUGGGGGACCUCCCUUUUGGGUGCCCGGUUAUACUGGAUGGGAAACAAGCCACCAAGCUUUUCUAACUCGGACAACCCAGCUGCUGACUCGGAUAGCCUCCUGGUCCGGACACUCACCUUCUUCUACUUGCCAACCAAGAACCUCUGGCUGUUGCUGUGCCCAGAUACCCUCAGUUUUGAUUGGUCCAUGGAUGCUGUGCCUCUGCUCAAAACAAUUUGUGAUUGGAGAAACCUACACACUGUGGCCUUCUAUACUGGACUCCUCCUCCUCGCCUACUACGGGUUGAAGAGCCCAAGCAUAGAAGGAGAAUGCAAUGGGAAGGCUGUCACUAAUGGCAAGCAGAAUGCUAAUGGACAUAGCUGCCUUUCAGAUGUGGAGGACCGGAACUCAGAGAUUAAGCCCAGCUUCGCAUCCAAAGUGGAAAAUGGCAUUAAAACUAAUACAUCCCAGAGAAUCCAGCUUCCUUCUACUGAAAACAUCAUUGUUCUGUCUUUAUCUUUGUUAAUAAUCCCCUUUGUUCCUGCCACGAACUUGUUUUUCUAUGUCGGCUUUGUAAUCGCAGAGCGAGUGUUAUAUAUUCCUAGUAUGGGCUUCUGCCUCUUGAUCACAGUGGGUGCUAGAGCUCUUUACGUCAAGGUCCGAAAGCGGUUUCUCAAGAGCUUGAUUUUUUAUGCUACAGCUACGUUAAUUGUUUUCUAUGGACUCAAGACUGCAAUCAGGAAUGGAGACUGGCAGAAUGAGGAAAUGCUGUAUAGGUCAGGGAUAAAAGUAAACCCAGCUAAAGCAUGGGGUAACCUUGGAAAUGUUCUGAAGAGUCAGAGUAAAAUUUCUGAAGCUGAAAGCGCCUAUAGAAAUGCUUUGUACUACCGCAGCAACAUGGCUGACAUGCUUUAUAAUUUAGGGUUACUUCUACAGGAGAACAGCAGGUUUGCAGAAGCACUACAUUAUUAUAAGUUGGCCAUAGGGAGCAGGCCUACCCUAGCUUCUGCAUAUUUAAACACCGGUAUUAUCCUAAUGAACCAAGGAAAGACAGAAGAAGCUCGACGUACCUUCUUAAAGUGUUCUGAGAUCCCAGAUGAAAACCUAAAGGACCCUCAUGCACACAAGAGCUCUGUUACCAGUUGUCUGUACAACCUGGGAAAACUCUAUCAUGAGCAGGGACACUAUGAGGAAGCCCUUAGUGUAUACAAGGAAGCUAUUCAGAAAAUGCCAAGGCAGUUUGCCCCACAGAGCUUGUACAACAUGAUGGGUGAAGCAUACAUGCGACUCAGCAAACUCUCUGAAGCAGAGCACUGGUACAUGGAAUCAUUGAGAUCAAAGACUGACCACAUUCCUGCUCAUCUCACUUAUGGGAAAUUGCUAGCUCUAACGGGUCGUAAGAGUGAGGCCGAAAAGUUCUUCUUGAAGGCUAUUGAGCUGGAUCCCACCAAAGGAAACUGUUACAUGCAUUAUGGUCAGUUUCUUCUGGAAGAAUCUCGCCUCACAGAAGCAGCCGAGAUGGCGAAAAAAGCAGCUGAACUAGACAACACAGAGUUUGAUGUUGUUUUCAAUGCUGCCCAUAUGCUGAGACAGGCUAGCCUUAAUGAAGCAGCUGAGAAAUAUUAUGAUCUAGCAGCCAGACUGAGGCCUAACUAUCCGGCUGCCCUGAUGAACCUGGGAGCUAUUCUACACCUCAACGGCAGACUCCAGAAGGCUGAGGCCAACUACCUGCGGGCGCUGCAGCUCAAGCCCGAUGACAUCAUCACACAGUCUAAUCUCCGUAAACUGUGGAACAUCAUGGAAAAACAAGGCUUGAAGACUUCCAAGACCUGACACAGGAGGCAGAAACCCAUCCUCCACUUUACAAAGCUAUCUUUCUUAACAGACAGAAAUUCCCAGCAGUGCUAUGACAAGAGUUCGUGUUGGACUUCAAGACCAGGGCAGAGGUCACUGAGGUCACUGCCACUUCUGGAAGAAUCCACUUCGCUGUUGGCACAGCUGUUAACACCAAAAAGGGGAACAUUGGAACCCUCUUGGAGGAUGUAAUUGUUACCCGUAGACUGUAAACCAGAGCACUUAACACAGAAUCUUUUGGCAUUCUUAAAAGGGAGGGGUGGGUGUCUAAGUUACAGAUUUUGUUCUAAUUUUGAAAGCUAAUCUUAAAAUUAUAUUAUUCCUUAAACACUGUGAGAGGAAGUCAGAGUGCCCAUUCAGCCAGGUCAGCUAUCAAGGCUAAGUGUUAAUUGGGAGUGAUGAAUGCACAGUGUGAGUUCCAGUGAGCCACCAGUUGCCCUAACACUGCUGUCUUCCCUCUUUGGGACAGCCUGCUUAUUAAUUUCUGAAGCUUGGAAAACUUUUUUAUUUUUAAAUACUGUAUCAAGAUCUGUCAGAAUUAGCAGUUACUUUUUGACUAGUGUACAUUAUGUUUUAUGAUUUGGACAUCGUGGGCUUCAUCUUGGGGGACAUCAUUUGCUUUUGGUAUUCCAAAAAAGAUAUGGAGAGUAGAGCUGACUACACCUGACACUCGUGUUGUAAGAGGGACUAGGGAGGCUUUAUAUGUGUCAGGCAGGCAGUUUUUUUAUAUGUUGAUGUUGUCAGUAUUUUUCCCCCAAACUACCUGGUUAAAUUCAUUGUAUUAAUUCAUUUGAAAUUACUUUUUUGAAUGGCUAUUCCUGGUUAAUGUGCAAGCUUGCAUGAGGCUAAAGGAAAGAGAAGUUCAUAAGUGUUCCAGUUCCAAUGACUAACCAACAGCUAUUAGACAAAAAAGAAGGUGCUUUGUGCUUCCCAGAUGUUGCAAGUUAAAAAAUCAAGUUUCCACAUAAGAGUGUAGGAUGAUGGUUACCAAUGAUUUUGUGUUUUGGAAAGAGUUUGUAUGAAAUGCUAAUCACUAUCUAAGAGGUACCUAAACAGCAAUGCUGAUACAUUUUCAAGGAAUUAUUUGUAUCUUAUUUUGCUCUUCCCAAAAAACCUAACAAAUUACUUAUGUUAAGCUGCAGUGGAGUGUAGCAUUGGCCUGUGUGUUGCUAGGUUUUCUGCCAAGUGCUAUUUUCAGUUGAAAACUAUUUUUCACUAGAAAAUUUGGUAUUUUAUUUUAUUACCUGUCAGUAACCACUUCAAUGAUCAUUUCAUCAAAAAAGACUAUAAAUGAAGUAGAGGAAAACAUUUACUGAGCGUUAUUUUGUCUUGCAGUCAAACGUUACUACAAAAAAUUAACUUCAAAAAGCACUAGUUCAUUACCAACUUCUUCAUAGAAAAGUUAGCUAUACUACAGCCUAUAUAUUUAUUUAUUUAUUAUUCUACCAUAGCAAAAUAACAAAACUUGAUGCAUUAAGCCAGUUAUUUGCAACUGAAAAUCACCUGUUUCUCCUUCCCUUUCAUACUCCAUGUAUAUAUAUGUUCAUCAUUCCCAUUAAAGGGAAACUGGACAUACAAAUACAUCAUAUUAUGUUUUCUUCAUAUUUGAUUUUUUUAUGUAUCGGAAUUCAGUGGGAUGAAAAAUUUAAAGUAGUGUUUCUAUGGCAUUAGUGUUUUUUGGGAGAAGGGCAAAUGUAGUGAGAGAUUUUUUGAUGACAUUAAUAAGAAGGCCCUUCUCUAAUAUGUAUAUUAUUUUGUAAAGAUUUCAUUGAAGGGCCAAAAGUUAAAUUAUAACUAAAUCACUGUGGUAUUUAACAUUUAACAACAACAAACCCGUGGUCAGACCAAAAUAGUGGGUUGAAGUGUAUUUUUCAUCUUCUACUACAUUGGCAAUUACAAAAAAAAAAUAAAUAAAUAUAAAAAAGGAAUUUAAUAUAAGGCUAUAGAGAUUAAUUCAAUGUCUAACAUUUGUAUUUAUUUAAAUAGUUAUUGACCUAUGAUGACUUCCUAGUGUUAACAUUUUAUGUCUUUUUAUUGUUAUUGUUCUUCCUUUCAAAGAUUUGGUUCUUAAUAGGGUCACUGAAUGCACAGUAGAGGCACUACAUGUUGACCCAGUUCCCAAGUAGCAUAAUAAUUGGGUCUGUGUCAUCAAAUGCAUGGAUCUUUAAUAACUAAAUUUCCCUGACACUUUUCACUACAGGGCUGGACUUAGUAACUGACCAACUCGGGUGGGGGGAGGGCUGGGGAGGUGUUAGAACAUGAUCAAAAAAUGUCUCCACUCAGGGAUUUAUGGUGGAUUAUUGCAGACAGUGCUAAAAAUAUAGAGCACAAGACAAGUUUACUAAAUUAAAAUUUUAUUUUUUGAGAAACUGUUAUUUGUAUAAAUUAUCAAGAUUUGUAGGCUUUCCUUUUGUAGAAAUAAUUGUUUUAUGUGCCAGAGAAUUUCAAUUUUGUUUUCAACAAUAAAGCAUUGAUAACAAAU